GGGGCAGCUGCAGCCCCCUCUCCCCUCCCCGUGCCUCAGGAGCCAGGCCGGGUGCAGCAGCAUCUGGCGGGUUUCUCGAUGUCUUUUUAUGACAUCGCUCAUAGGGGGCGGUUUGCGGAGGGAAAGGUGGGUCUUGACCCCGGGCCCGGUCCGGUCCGGUUCGGGGCACCUCGCGUGCCGUGCCGCCAGGCGGCGCUGCUGCCCCGGCUCUUCCACCGGGCACGGCCGCGCUGCCGGCAGGAGCGGCCCAGCCCCGGCAGGAGCGGCCCAUCCCGGGCCGGACCGGCCCAUCCCGGCCACGGGCGGCCCAUCCCCAGCCACGACCGCCCCAACCGCGGUCGGACCGGGCCAGGGCUGGCCCAUUCGCUGCCACGACCGGCCCAUCCCAGUUCAGUACCGGCCGAUCCCCGGGACCAGCCCAUCCCUAGGACGGCUGGACCAUCCUCCGUCCCCGCCCCGCUCCCAGCCCGGUGCCGCAGCCCCGCCCCAGAGCGCUGCGGCGCGGGGGGACUUCCGGGGCUGCGGCGGGCGGAGGGAGGCGGCGCGGGCAGGGCGAGGUGCGGGCAUGGCGGCGAUGAGCUCGCUCGAGGCCGUGCGCAGGAAGAUCCGCAGCCUGCAGGAGCAGGCGGACGCCGCCGAGGAGCGGGCGGGACGGCUGCAGCGGGAGGUGGACCAGGAGCGGGCGUUGCGGGAGGAGGCUGAGAGUGAAGUAGCUUCUCUGAACAGACGCAUCCAGCUGGUUGAGGAAGAGUUGGAUCGGGCUCAGGAGCGCUUGGCCACUGCCCUGCAGAAGCUGGAGGAGGCUGAGAAGGCUGCAGAUGAGAGUGAAAGAGGAAUGAAGGUCAUUGAAAAUAGAGCCCAGAAGGAUGAAGAGAAGAUGGAAAUCCAGGAGAUCCAGCUUAAAGAGGCUAAGCACAUUGCUGAAGAGGCUGACCGCAAGUAUGAAGAGGUGGCUCGUAAGCUGGUGAUCAUUGAGAGUGACCUGGAGCGCGCUGAGGAGCGUGCUGAGCUAUCAGAAAGCCAAGUCCGACAGCUGGAAGAACAGUUAAGAAUAAUGGAUCAAACCUUGAAAGCAUUAAUGGCUGCAGAGGAUAAGUACUCCCAGAAAGAAGACAAGUAUGAAGAGGAGAUUAAAGUUCUGACUGACAAACUGAAGGAGGCUGAGACCCGUGCUGAGUUUGCUGAGAGGUCAGUAACCAAGCUGGAGAAGAGCAUUGAUGACCUAGAAGAGAAAGUGGCGCAUGCCAAAGAAGAAAACCUUAAUAUGCAUCAGAUGCUGGAUCAAACUUUACUGGAGUUAAACAACAUGUGAAAACCUUCUUAGCGGCAACCACACUAUUUGUUUGAUUAUUUUUACACCUGCUUGCCGUGAAGCCCCAUAAACAUGUCUUUAUUUUAGUUUCACCACAGUCACAAGAACAUCCGCUAAAUUAUCGAACAGGGGUCAGGGAAACACCAAAAUGGGCAAGCCAUAUGCGGGUUAAACAACAUUACAUUAUGGUUUAAACGUGCCAUUUCCCAACAAAAAUGUUACCUACACUUUGUAGAGAGUUCAGCAAUUUGGUAUGCUUAGUCUGUGAAGAAUCCUGGCUGUGGCAGAAAGUGUCCCACCUCAAGUGCCAACUACAGUUUUGACACAAGAACGAUUCAUGUUCCAGAGAGAUCAGGUGGAAAUGGUGCUAUUUUGAACAAAAGGUUCUACUUGAAGUCUUUUGUUUGAUAUCAGACAAGUCAGGAGUUGUCCAGCACAGUAAUUUAUUUUUAUCAGGACUUGACUGGUCUGUGAGAAUUUGGACUUUCUGUGCCUUCUAAUUAAAACAAAGUAAUAUAAGCAGUGGAGACAAGUGAAGGCUUCUGAAGGUUUUAAAUUGUAUUCUUGCAACUCAAUACAGAAGUGUAGGUCAGCAUUUCACCUUGAGUUUUCAUUCGAUUGUAUUUUUCAUGUUGAAAUGAAAGAUUCAAUAAAUUCAGGACAAAACAUUAAUUUGGAAGAGAUUGUGUUAAAAUGUAUUUUAUUUGAGGGGAUUUGGGGUAGGGGAGGAAUUUUUAAACUGAUAUUUGCCUCACUUUUUUCACACUUUCUUUGAGCAGUCUUAAAAGUAUACCUGUAUGUAAACAUUGUAUAAUGAUAUGAAAUAAAAUGCACAUUUUAGGACAUUUUUUAAA